AUGGCCACUUCCACCAGUAUGGGCAUGAGCAGCAUGACAGGCAUGAGUAUGCCAUCUGCGACUUCAUCGACCUCUUCUAGCAUGUCUGGCAUGAUGGGAAUGGACAGCAUGAUGAUGGUCUUCUUCUCGGCAACCAACACCCCGCUAUACUCGACUGCAUGGAUGCCGAAUGGUACAGGCCAAUACGCCGGUGCAUGUAUCUUCCUCAUUGUAUUAUCCCUCCUCUUCCGGGGUCUCAUGGCUGUAAGGUGCAAUUUCACGCUUCUAUGGACACGCUGGACUCGCCAUAACGAGACACCGAUGCUACAUCGGGAAGAAGACGAGAUCUAUCUCAAGCAUGGUGGCCGGAGACCCUGGAGGAUCAAUGAAGCGGCCACGAGAGCGAUAUUAGACACGACGCUCGCGGCUGUCAGCUAUCUUUUAAUGCUGGCUGUAAUGACAAUGAACGUCGGCUACUUUCUCUCUAUCCUUGGUGGCACGUUCUUGGGGAGUUUUACAGUUGGAGGAUGGACUGGUGCCACUGCUCACUAG